AUGCUCUUGAUUUUUCCAGCAAUCGCAACCAUACUCGCAACAACCCAGCAAUCGCCACCAGACUCGCAACCAUUCUCGCAACAACUUAACCGAGCAAGAAAUUCUACACACUUCUCCAAGAUCAAUAUCAACAUGCAUCACUUUCCCGAGUACCGCAAGUGCUCUAACAUGAUCGUGGAUUCCCGCAAGAAAAGUGCAUCUAUCGCUUUGGAAGGUUCAGACGACGGCAGUGUCCACGACAAGGUCUAUCAUCUACAAGAGAACGGCGCUCUUGAGAAUAACGACAUGGAGCUGAAGUUUAAACUGGACAAUGACAUUGGACCGGAUGCUCAGUUUUGGACUGAUGACCGAGUCAAGAUUCAGAAGAUGGUCGAGACGAUUCCUUGCCCCCAAGACGGCGAUCCGCACCUCUGGUGCGCCAAAAUCAUGUAUGCCCUGAUCAAGAACAAACUAAUCGACACGAAGCUUCUGAAUACGUCCAAGCAAGCACCAGACCUUUGGUACGGACAUCUUAUUCGGCUCAUGCACCCCCAAACGGAGACUAGCUAG